CACCUCUAAAAAGCAAUUGGUUCUUCAAUGGUUAUGACAUAUUUAUGAUAUUUUCCUUUUGCAAAUAUUACUCCUGACAAAAUCUGUUUGCACUAAACUAUAAAUUUUGAUUGAAUUAUUAAGUUAGCAUCAGUCAGAUUUUAUGUUUUGAGGAGCUCAGAUCAGCAUCAACAUAACUACAAACCUAGCAACAUGUUUAAAUACAUCACUUUUAUCGCCCUCUUCGCAUUCGCCACCGCCGCUCCCGGUUUCAUCGCUCAACCCGUUGUGGCCAAAGUAGGUGCCGUGGUUCACAGCGUUCCAUCUGCAACCUCCCACCAGAGCAUAAUCCAAGUGCACAAUAAUGCUCACAUUGUUACACCUGUAGUGAAAACUUUAACUCCAGUGGUUCAUGCUGCUGCGGUUGUCCCAGUUGUGAAGACCUACUCAGCUCCUGUAAUUCACGCAGCCCCAGUGGUUCCAGUUGUGAAGACAUACUCUGCCCCUCUGGUACAUCACUUUCCAGUGGUUAAAUCAGUUUUUGCUGCUCCAGUUGCUCAAAUUGUUCAUCACUAAACAUUUUAUUGGCCAAUAAAAUAAAUGAAAUUUAAUCUCAA